AUGGCACCCUCUGCAGUCGAAAUAGACAGUCAGUCUCCGCCUAGAGAUUCGAUGGGCUUUCUCCGCGAGAAUGUCAAUGCCCUAAAAAACGCACCCAACGGAUCCGCUACGACACCAUCACCCGAAGGCGUGAUUCAAACUGUUUCGACAACGACAACACCUCAUGAAGAAUAUCAAUACCUCGAUCUAAUCCGGGAUAUCCUAUCCCGUGGCGAACAUCGACCAGACCGAACAGGUACAGGUACACUCUCGCUCUUCGCUCCCCCUCAGCUGCACUUCAGCUUGUCACGCCCCGACCCUGCUUCACCAACCGCCGAAAGAAUACCCAUCCUCCCUCUCCUCACCACCAAACGCGUCUUUCUUCGAGCCGUUACCACCGAGUUGCUGUGGUUUGUAUCGGGCUGCACAACCUCGAAACCUCUCUCUCAAGCAGGUAUCCACAUCUGGGACGGUAAUGGGUCGCGAGAAUUCCUCGAUAAAUUGGGAUUCGUCGAUCGCGAGGAUGGAGACCUCGGCCCUGUCUACGGAUUUCAAUGGCGCUAUUUUGGUGCAGAAUACAAGGAUUGCCAUACAGAUUACACAGGCAAAGGAGUGGACCAGAUCAAAGAGGUGGUGCGAAAACUGAAGACCAAUCCAUACGAUAGACGAAUUAUACUGAGCGCGUGGAACGUGGCCGACCUGUCUAAGAUGGCACUGCCGCCUUGUCACAUGUUUGCGCAGUUUUAUGUCAGUUACCCUGACGCAGUGCGAGGGGAGGCGGCUGUCAGGCAGCUCAGCAACGGAUCGGUAGAGAUCAGGGGAGACAAGCAGAAAGCAAAGGGUCACCUAUCUUGUGUCCUGUACCAGCGCUCCUGCGACAUCGGACUCGGAGUGCCCUUCAACAUCGCCUCAUAUGCGCUGCUAACACACAUGCUGGCUCACGCGUGCGAUCUCGUGCCGGGAGAGCUCAUCCAUACAAUGGGCGAUGCCCAUGUAUAUCUCGAUCAUAUUGACGCCUUGAGGGAGCAAUUACUGCGUGAGCCACGUGAAUUUCCAACAUUGAAUAUUAAGCGUCACGAUAGGGGAAGCGGAGAAAUAGACGGCUGGAAAGUCGAAGAGUUGGAGGUUGUUGGAUAUAGACCUCACGGCGGAAUAAAGAUGAAGAUGAGUGUAUGA